UCGCCCAUCAUUGGUGUCGUUUUUGUUUUUCCCACAGAGGCGAUAUGGCAACACCCGCCGCUGUUAAUCCAUCCGAGAUGGGCACAGAUCUGCCUGGCCCGGUAACCAUGGCAGGUGCUGUUGUGGGUGCAGGGCAGGUGAGAAUGGGGGGCAACAUGCCAGGACGAGGGGGCAAGAGGAGAUCAACGGGGAUGGACUUUGAUGAUGAAGAUGGAGAAGGGCCGAGCAAAUUUUCAAGGUAUGAUGAUGAUCAAAUGCCAGCUGAUAAAGAACGUUAUGCCAGAGAGAACCACAGUGAGAUCGAGCGACGCCGGCGUAAUAAAAUGACGCAGUACAUCACUGAGCUGUCGGACAUGGUGCCCACUUGCAGUGCGUUGGCCAGGAAACCCGACAAGCUCACCAUCCUGCGUAUGGCCGUGUCACACAUGAAGUCCAUGAGAGGAACUGGCAACACAUCCACUGAUGGAGCCUACAAACCCUCCUUCCUCACUGAGCAGGAGCUGAAGCACUUGAUCCUGGAGGCGGCUGAUGGCUUCCUGUUUGUUGUGGCGGCUGAGACAGGGCGUGUGAUCUACGUGUCAGACUCGGUGACCCCAGUUCUGAACCACCCUCAGUCCGAGUGGUUCGGCAGCACUCUGUACGAGCAGGUCCACCCUGAUGACGUGGAUAAACUCCGCGAGCAGCUCAGCACCUCCGAGAACUCCAUGACUGGCCGGAUCCUGGACCUGAAGACGGGGACAGUGAAGAAGGAGGGACAGCAGUCCUCGAUGAGGAUGUGUAUGGGCUCCAGACGCUCCUUCAUCUGCAGAAUGAGGUGUGGCAGCGCGCCUCUGGAUCACAUCUCUCUCAACCGUCUGUCGAGCAUGAGGAAGAGAUACAGGAAUGGGCUCGGGCCAUCAAAGGAAGGCGAGGCUCAGUAUUCAGUGGUGCACUGCACUGGCUACAUCAAGGCUUGGCCCCCUGCGGGCAUGACAAUCCCUGAAGAUGACUCAGAAGCGGGCCAGACCAGUAAAUACUGCCUGGUCGCAAUUGGAAGACUUCAGGUGACCAGUUCUCCAGUCUCCAUGGACAUGAACGGGCUGUCUGUUCCGACAGAGUUUCUUUCUCGUCACAACUCGGACGGCAUCAUCACCUUCGUGGAUCCCCGCUGCAUUAACGUGAUUGGCUACCAGCCACAGGACUUGCUUGGUAAAGACAUUCUGGAGUUUUGUCAUCCUGAGGAUCAAAGCCACCUAAGGGAGAGCUUUCAACAGGUCGUGAAGCUGAAAGGUCAGGUCUUAUCGGUCAUGUACCGUUUCCGGAUGAAGAAUCGCGAGUGGAUGCUGAUCAGAACAAGCAGCUUCACCUUCCAGAAUCCAUACUCAGACGAGAUUGAGUACAUCAUCUGCACUAACACAAAUGUCAAGCAACUCCAGCAACAGCAGCAGGCGGACCUGGAGGUUCAUCAGAGAGAUGGCCUGACAGCAUAUGAUCUCUCACAGGUGCCAGUGGGCAGCGUGCCAGGCAGCGUACACGAAGCAGGAAAGAGCAUUGACAAAACGGAGACGCUGUUCUCUCAGGAGAGAGAUCCACGUUUCAGUGACAUGUACACAGGCAUCUCUGGCUCGGAUAAGAAGAUGAUGGUGCCCUCAUCCACUGCAGGAGGACAACAGCUAUAUUCCCAGGGCAGUCCUUUCCAACCAGGACACUCGGGCAAGAAUUUCAGCUCCUCAGUGAUCCACGUUCCGGGAGUAAAUGACAUCCAAUCAUCUGCCGGUUCAGCGGGUCAGAAUUUGGCUCAAAUUUCCCGUCAGAUUAACUCCAGUCAGGUGCAGUGGUCAGGCAGCAGGCCACCAUUCUCCGGCCAGCAGCAGCUCCCGGCCCAGUCCAGUAAAGCUCAGUCUUCUCCAUUCGCCAUCGGCUCAAGCCACAGCUACCAGGCCGACCCGUCCUCUUACAGCCCGCUGUCCAGCCCAGCCACGUCCUCCCCCAGUGGCAACGCCUACUCCAGCCUGACCAAUCGCAGCACUGCAUUCGAUGUUGCAGGUGAGGGCAGUCAGAGCGGCGCUCAGUUCCAGGGACGGCCGUCUGAGGUUUGGUCUCAGUGGCAGAGUCAGCAUCACAGCCAGCAGAGCGGAGAGCAACACACACACACUCAGCCCAGCCAGUCUGAGGUGUUCCAGGACAUGUUGCCUAUGACAGGAGACCCCACGCAAGGAACAGCCAACUACAACAUUGAAGAUUUCGCUGAUUUGGGCAUGUUCCCUCCGUUUUCUGAGUAACAGCAGACUAAAUUGCUUUCUGGGAACUUUUUAUUUUCUCUACUUUUCAUGAUCAUUAUCUCCAUCAUCAUCAAGAUCAAUCACUAAAACUGAUGGGAAAAGAAGCUUAAUACUGUGUUUCACUGCCACACUGCAUUUUGUGCAUCUCUGUUCCCGGGCUCUAAAACAAACAAACAACUUCCUGUGAAAGUACACAAAGAAAAGGUCAUGUUUCUUUUUCAGUAAAUCUAUGAGCAAUCCAUCUUGUGUCUGAUUAUCUGGUACACACUAGACAUGUGCCGAUAUUUUCCUUACAUAAAUGCAGUGAUAUUUCGUAAAUACAUUUACAAAUCCGUAAUUAUAUUCACAAAUCUGUAAGUGUAAAUAUAAUGGCCAACUUUAGAAUUGUAACUACGCAGUUUUAGAGUGUUCACAUUGCUAUUACAAAGCUCAGUUACAUACUUACAUUUUCAAGCUACAUUUUCAAGUUAGUGGUUACACAGUCAAAGCAAAAAUCAAGGGUCAGGACCAAGUGAUGGCUAGAGAUAGCUGAAGGGGCGGAGCUAAGUGGAUGCCGCAGAUAGUUGUGGGGGUGGAGCUAAGUGGAUGCUGCAGAUAGCUGUGGGGGCGGAGCUAAGUGGAUGCUGCAGAUAGCUGUGGGGGCGGGCCUGAAACUAAACAUUCUGUGAGCUAUAGCUAGUGUGGAGUAAAGUUUAAUUAAUUACUUUCACACACAAUGACUUUUGACAGUAAAUUACUCUAUACAAUAAGUAACUGUUAUGGUUUUUAAUGUUAUCCUGUAUUGUAUUUUUGGGGGGUAAAAUCUACUUCUCUGUCUGUUUAUUUCAUUGGAUGAAAAAGGAGCCUUAAAUCCGGUCCGGUCCGUUUAACGCCCCAAUGGCUGUCAACGAGUGUUCACACCCGGACGUAAAACAAGUGGCAUCAAAGUGUCAAUUUUUAAUAUCAAGGGGUUCGUUUUUGUUUUUGACGUCCCGCGCCAAAAACUGGCAGACCAAUGAGAUUCGCGCUUUUGUUCACGUGCCCGGAGCCGCUGAAGUUACAUAAAAGUACGAAUUGAUGGCAAUCAAGUACAAAACUGUCUUACUGAUGAAGAAGAAGCCGAAAAAGAAGAUGCCAGCAUCCACCAUUUUAGCGUGAGUACAUAAGUGACAGACCCGAAAUAAAAUACUAAUAACUCACUGCUAAUAAAUCCUUCUGCCUACACACAUAAACAAGGUGUCCUCUGAAAGCACCAGAUUCAAAAUUACACACUUCCCAUAAAUAUGUGAAUGCUAUUGCUGUGAUUUUGAUAUAAUUCAAAUCAUUACUUAUUUAAAAAGAGUAUACUGUUUAAAAUGAGAUCUUUAAGGAUUUAGAUUUCAAGAAGUAUUUGUUGCAGUGACCUAAUCACCAAAUACCUCACAUUACAUCACAAAAGUGCAUACCUGCUUUAGCGUGUUCGCAAAAAGUGUGUGAACGGCUUAAAGACGUAAAUACUGUCUCUCUUCUUCUUCUCAGUGAUGAGCGGGUGUCAGAAACAGAAAGUUGAGCAGCGCCACCUUGUGUACCAAUAAGCGCCAUCUACUGUCAGGGAGUGAAUUUACAGUUUCAUUCAGCGCGUCGUCCGCGUUUAACGCCUGGGUGUGAACACAAAAAUACACGUCGAAGAACGUCCCGGUGUGAACAGGACCCUUAAGUCAUGAUUUUGUGCUGUUGACACAGGAAGUCAAACACAGGGUACAGUUGCCAAGUGCUCGCUGCUCAUGUGAGAAGACUGUUACUAGGAAACCAGCUAAUAUAGACACCAUCUAAUGGCUGAGGUUGACCAUUUAGGGAAAAAAAAUACAAAACCAUUGGGAGUGUUAAAAAAAUUGUUGUCAGAUGUGUUGGCUAAUUACUGAGAAUAAAC